AUGUACUACUCAUCUGACGCUGUUACCACUGACCGUGGACACUGUGCCUACCCCCCUUAUAUGAUGACUCCCGUCACCCCGACGGGGAAGCACCCUAUGCCCUUUGGCUACGAAUGCCCGCAAAAUUAUGCUCCUCCGGCGCCUCAACAAGAGCUUGUGGGGCUCGGGGUGACGAUGGACGAUGAAUUGUUCAGUCUGAACAACAACUACACCACCUACAACGAAGUGUUUGACUUGAGCGGUGCCAAUUCCUCGAUGACGCUGCUGAUUGACAUGAUUCUGCCCACCACCGCCCCCAGAGAGGCGCCUAUGGUGCUGGCCGAAGACGUGUUGUCGCUGAGCGACUUCGAUCUUGACAUCUCCACCAGCAACUCCUACGUGGACGCCCCCGAUCUCAUGUUGGAUUUGGAACUUUCGGUGAUGGAAGCGAUGCUGCUGCCCAUUCCUCAGCCGCAACCCGAACCCCACAUGCCCAUGAACACCAUCAUGACUACUCCCCCUAUUUCCCACACCAUUGAAUCCGCGCCCCAGCUGUCGCAAUUUGAAUUCGCUGUUCCGAUGGCCGCUGCUUCGCACACUAAAAAAUCGAAGAGACGUCUGUCUCUGCCGCCUAACAGAGUGCUGAAGAAGCAAUUGCGCCAACUGGAACAACUGAUCUUUUCUGUGAGCAUGCAAACCCCGAGACUGAAGAAGGGUAAGCUGCUUCUGUUUUCGGAAUGCCUGAUCAAGUUCCCCAUCUUCACCGCCAACACCUACUCGUUCGUGUACGAAAACGCCGGUGAAGAUGGAGGAGUGCAGCUGCCGGUGGAGCCUCCUCACCCCCACUUCAACACUAAGAAUGUGGGUCACCGUUCGCUCAAGCUGAUGAAGGCCGGGCUCAUCGAGUUUCAACUCAAUGUGUAA